AUGAGCGAACCCAAACCGAUAUCAGUCCCACUCCCCAAUUCAGAGCAGUUCUACCUGAAUAGCAACCAGGGUGAAAGAUAUCUCAUUCAAGUGUCUUGGCCGCUCCAUUGGGAGAAUGACAGCACUUCUGCUCGUGGUUCAUUUCCUAUCAUAUAUAUUGUUGAUGGCAAUGCUCUAUUCUUGACUGCAACCGAGACCGCCUGGCGUCGCGCACCUGCGUCGCAUUUCGCCGGUGGAGGCAUCAUUGUCGCUAUUGGAUACCCACUGAACAGAGAGCUUUACGAUAUGCGACGACGCACCCUUGAUUUAUCUCCGCCGGCGGGAACACAAAUUCCUGGACAUGGAGGCGCUGAUAUAUUUCUUGAUUUUAUUCAAAGUUCAGUGCGACCCGCGGUCAAGGCCCGAUUUCCACAGGUCGCUGUCUCCAGAGAAGCACUCUAUGGUCAUUCGUACGGGGGAUUACUUGCGCUACACGCAUUAUUUACUCGCCCUGGUUCAUUUGAUUGUUACAUGGCCAGCAGUCCCUCCAUCUGGUGGAAUAGUAAAUUCAUCUUGCAGGAAGCAAAGGCCUUUCUGAAAACGGAGCCUUUGGGCGAGAAUUUGCCUUCGCUUAUGGUCUUCUGGGGCUCAGUCGAGCAAAAUCCUCAUCAGUGGGAUAAUGAACCUCUGGAAAAAUAUGAAUUGAGAAAGCAAAUGGCGUCAGAUUUUAGAAUGGCCGACAAUGCUCUCGACCUCUGUGAGAUGCUACGGGGUUGCAAACAGUUGCAUACCGUCCUGACGAAUGAGUUCGAUGGGGAGGAACACACAAGUGUGAUGCCAUGCUCGACAAAUCGGAGCUUGACGAUGUUCUUUGAAGAUUGGCCUUUGCAUUAG